AUGGCUUCACCUCUCGAGCUCUACGAGCCCCUCGACAUCAUUGGAAAUGGGUCAUUUGGUAUCAUCCGCAAGGUCCGAAGGAAAGCAGACGGUGUCAUCUUUGCGCGCAAGGAACUUAACUUCGAGCGCAUGACCGAGCGCGAUCGCAAGCAAAUCGUCGCAGAAGUGAACAUCCUCAAGGACCUCCACCACGAACACAUCGUACGCUAUCAUGAUCGACAUGUUGACCGUGACGCCGGUAUCCUCUACAUCCUCAUGGAGUACUGCGGGGGCGGCGACCUGUGCGCUAUCAUCAAGCAUGCCCAGCGACACAACCGAGCAAUCCCAGAAGACACCGUCUGGAACUACUUCAUGCAAAUCCUCCUCGCACUCAAUCACUGUCACCAUCCAAAUGGCAGCCACGGAAGGACAAGCAGCGUAGGGACGGAGGCAGAUGGGAGGGACAGGAGAGCGCAGAUUCUUCACCGUGACUUGAAGCCAGACAACGUGUUUCUGGACGAGAAUAAUACCGUGAAGUUGGGUGAUUUCGGCCUAUCCAAGGCUCUCACCCAAGCAAGCUUCGCGAACACCUACGUCGGCACACCAUAUUAUAUGUCGCCCGAACUUAUGCAGGAAAAGGCGUACGACUCCAAGUCCGACAUCUGGUCAUUAGGCUGUAUGGUUUACGAACUGUGCGCAUUGAAGCCGCCAUUUCACGAGGCGAAGACACAUGCCGAGCUGAGCAUCCUGAUUCGGAACGGCCGGAUACCUCCAUUACCCAAGGGAUACAGUCCCGCGCUAGCUUCUGUCAUCAAGUCAAUGCUGAACCUGAACCCUGCGAUGCGUCCCUCAGCAAGUCAACUGCUCCAACAUGAACGGAUAGACCUUGCGCUCAAGGUGUUCGAAACGCAGAAGAUGCUCACCACCGUGAAGGGCCACAAGACCGCGCUCCUCUCCAAAGAGCGUGACCUCAUGACACGAGAAGCCGCCCUGAACGAGCGCGAGUCAGCUCUCACUGCUGUCGUAGCGAAGAAGGAUGAAGAGCUCGCCUCGCUUCGCGCCGUCCUCGCUACUGCUGAGACAACACUGCAUCAACGCGUCCGCGCAGCCGUCGCCCGGCGCGACGAAGAACUACGCGCCAUGGUCCUCAAGCAGGAAGAAGAGGUCGCCGCGCGCAUGGCCCGCCGCGAGGAGGAGAUCAUGGAAGCCGUGCGCCGGCGAGAAGAGGACGUCGCGCGCAUGUGGGCCGACUGGGAGCGCCAGACGCGCGAGGGUAUGGGCCGCGCCGUCGAGGAGCGCAUGGAGUGGGUCCAGCAGCGUUCGGAAGAGAUCGACGCCGAGCGCGAGCGGCUCGACAGUGUUCGUAAGGAGCUCGAGGCGAAGAUGAAGGCGCUUGAAGCAGGAACGAAUACGGCCGUCUCCGAGCGGCGGACGCGGUCGAAGAACCCGCUCGAGGAGGUGAAGAAUAUCAUGGCGCCGCUCAGCCGCCUCACGGAGUCUCCGGAGCAGGUGAAGACGAAGACGGUCGCGCCGGCCCCGAUGCAGAAGAUGCCCGCGUUCGAGACGCCGAUGCCGACGAAGUGCGCGGACCUCCUUGCGGACCUUGCGCCAGCGUCGGCGAUGAAGGGCGUGAUCCUCACUGCGACAGGCCAGCCGGUCGCGACACCGAGUCCAGCAGAGCUCGCGAAGCUAUUCGUCGACACGCCGAAGGUCGGUCUGAACUUCGCGAAGAUCUUUGACUUCGACACGGAAGACGAGGACAGCGGGAGCGGAAGCGACCCGGAGCUCGACGAGGAGGAGUACGAGUCCGCCAGCAGCAGAGAGAAGAGGCGGGGCAAGGAAAGCGACGGAGAGCACACCCCAACCCAGAGCACGACGAACCUCGCAUGCGGGAGCUCGAGCACCAGUGCAGGUCCCUCCGUCCGCCCAACAAGGUUGCGACGCCCGUCCAUUCGCGCGUCGUCGGCAUCCGCCGUGUUCCGUCCAGCCGUAGUCGCGCCCGAAGCACCAGCGCCUUCCGGGUCAGGACGCACGCGCAUCACCCGUGCAUCUUCAACCUCGAGUGUGCCCUCCUCAACAGGCACGGUAGCUGCCAUUGCCCAGCCGCCGCCGCCCCAAUACGACCUUGCGGACGUCGAGAACCUGCCAAGCCCGUUCAUCAAGAAGACGGAGGAUCGGGUCGGGCCGACCGCGUCUUCUGCGAGUGGUGCUUCGGCGCCACCGACAAAGCAGAGGAACGCGCCGCGGAAGAGCGGGGCGACGUUGCGCGCUAUCGCGGCAGUGAACGCGGCGAAGGCCAGCAGUACGCGGCCACCCUCCGCAGGUAGCUCAGCAGCAAGUGUAGCCUCGGUGCGCUCAUCAAUCGCGAAGGCCCAGCGGGCGAGCGAGGAGGCGCGGAAGGCCCUGGGGGUGCGCUCAUCGUGACCACCCGGCGCGCAGCGUCCCACUUCCCUUUUCUCUGCGACAACUCCGAUUUGAUUUCUCCCUCAUCAACACCAGUACCAUCAUCACGCCGCAUCUGCAUCUGCAUUCCAAUCACCAGCACCCUCUCCGCACAUGCUCUCUUGGGACACCUUUCCGCACCGUCGACGAAGUUUUGUUUGGGAAUACUGCCAUCCGCGUCAUGGUCUAACGAGACGCCACGUUAUACAUACCUCUCAUGGAGACUGCCCGUCCUGUUUCCUUUACAUGCACACCAGAUGUAUAGUACUUAUUCGCCUCAUCUGUGAAAGACCAG